AUGUCAUAAAAAAUUAAGCAGCCUACUCUCCUUUCAAAAGUACAUCCAAAAGUAUUAUUCAAUACUUAAGAGUAAAUUAAAUCAUAGAUUUCUUAGACUCAAUGCUCGUGUAGUUAAAGUUUAAAGUCCUUUUGAAUAUAUGAAUUACAUUAAGCGUAGAUAAGAGUAUCUAAACAAGUAGAAGUAGCUUCUAAAUAAUCUUCAAUUGAAUGAGGAAAAUUAUGAAAAAUUGACAUUUUCUGUAAAACAAAUUGGAGUGAUUAAUGAUGAUGGAAGAUUUGGAACAUAUAGUCAGCGUAGAUAUUUAUUAAAAUCUAUGGAAUCCACAAGAUAAUAAAAAUCUGAAUCAAUAUAAUAUCCUUAAACAGAAAGAGCAUAAUAUUAAUUUAGAGCCAAAGCUUUACCAAGCAGUCGUAAAGAGAAAUUUAGGUUUUCUCCUUAAUAAAGUGUUAAGUUCUUCCUUUUGCCAGAAAGAUAAGAAACUAAUAUUGAAGUUAAAAAUAGCCCAGUCGAUAAAAUACUUAAAAGGUCAAGACAAAAGAAACGAAUUCCAUAGAGUCAACCUAUACCUCCUGAAAUCAUUUUUGCUAAAAGUUAGCCAAAUCCUAAAUAUUCCUCAUAUAGUAGAUAACUUUAAGAACUUACAACAACAGUGGAAUUUAAUAAACUACUUUGA